AAGUUCCAAAGAAACUCUAAAAAAACCAGAAGCGCGUGAGCAGAGAUCCGAAAUAUUCCGAAGGAAAAAAGCAAUGGCGGAAGAUUUGGUUUUGGAUACGGCGAUCAGAGACUGGGUGCUGAUUCCACUGUCGGUGGUGAUGGUACUCAUCGGAGUCCUCCGUUACUUCGUUUCUAAGCUCAUGCGCUCCGAUCAAACUCCCGAUGUCAAAAUUGUCAAAGAAGGGCAACUGAUAAUUAGGGCACGGAAUCUGAGGGCGGCCGCGAAUUUCAUCCCUGCUAAGUCGUUCCGUGCUCGUAAGAACUAUUACAGCAACGAGGAGAACGGUUUAUUACACGUGCCUAAGGGCCAAGCUCAGAAUCCACAGGCACAGAUGUUCUCCGAUCCAAACAUGGCUAUGGAUAUGAUGAAAAAAAAUCUCUCGAUGAUCAUUCCUCAGACACUUACUUUUGCAUGGGUUAACUUCUUCUUCUCUGGAUUUGUAGCAGCAAAGAUUCCGUUUCCGCUUACUCAGAGAUUCAGGGGAAUGCUGCAAAACGGUAUAGACUUGAGCACCGUUGAUGUCAGCUAUGUCAGCAGCCGCUCAUGGUAUUUUCUCAAUCUAUUUGGUCUAAGAGGCCUCUUUAGCCUUAUUCUCGGAGAAGAAAAUGCAACUGAUGAUACUCAACGUAUGAUGCAAAUGAGUGGAUUUGGAUUCGAUCCAACAAAGAGUUUGGGAGCGGAGAAGGAUAACCUAGACAUCGUUCAACAUGAUUGGGCCUUACCAAAAUUCGAGCAGCGAGCAGAAGCAGUUCUAAAGAAACUCGUCAGCUGAAAAUUGAUGACGAGUACUAACAAUUUGUGCCUAUGUUGCAACAAGCCAAUUUAGGGCAUGAAUAUCAAGUUCAUACGUGCCCUAGAGACCCGCAAAAACUGCCUGCUUCUUGCCAAAUGUCCCUUGGCCGUAUUUGCUUCAAUUUAAGGAACUAGUAGAUCUUGAUUAUUACAAAUUGUACUAUUAAGCUGAGUCACUUUAAUUUAAAAUAUUACCAACAUUUUGUUCCAAGUGUUUAGAUUCUUCUGUCUAAGUUUAUUUCAAUAUUGUGCCAUAAUAGUUGAUGUACUACUGCGAAUAUCUUAAUCUUUUAAACACGAGUGAGUAGUAUACUGCUGAUGCAAGUUAUUCAUACAGAACUUUUUUC